UAUGUCAAUGAACAUAUUUUCAUACAAUUAAUUUUUUAUAAUUUUCAUACAAUUAAUUUAAAUGUAAUAUUACAUUAUUUUAUAAUAUACCUAUGAAACAAUUAACGUUCUUUAUUUUCGAAAAAGAAUUAACGGUCGAAAAAAGAAUUAAAGGUUGAAAAAAAAAAAAAAAAAAAAAUGCCCUAAUUCAAUCAUCUCUUUCCUGCUGCGAGUAUCUCUUUCUGCUCUAACUGGGUUUCAAUUCUUUUUCUGCUCUAACUGGGAUUCUAUAUCUGUGUGUAGUGUAUAUGUGUUAUUUCUUAGACGUACACAAGAUGUGGCGAUUUCAUGAUCAAAUAGGUACAAGGAAGCGUUCGCGCGAAGACUGGCAGUUUGAUAGGUUCAUCCCCAACCGGUCUGCAAUGGAUUUUGACUUUGCACAUUACAUGCUGAAUGGUGGGAAGGUAAGAAAGGAUAACUCUGAACGGUGCUCUCCAUUCAAACAAGCUUACAGGAAGCAGCUUGCAGAGAUCUUCAACAUGAACAGAACAAGGAUACUUGCUUUUAAGAAUAAACCGCCACCUUCAGUAGGCGGUUUUCAAGAUCUGUACUCAUCUGUUCACCAACUGAAACCCACCAAGUCUAGGAGACAUAUUCCCCAAUCUUCAGAAAAUAUUCUUUAUGCUCCUGAGCUCCUAGAUGACUACGCGAAUUUACUGGAUUGGGGUAGCAGCAACAUUGUUGCUAUCGGUCUUGGGAAUUCAGUAUAUUUGUGGCAUGUCGCUGAUGACUCUGUUUCUGAACUUGUUUCCUUUGCUGAGGAGAUUGGGCCUGUGACAAGUGUCAAGUGGGCACCAGAUGGAAGACGCCUUGCUGUUGGCUUGAAUAAUUCCUAUGUUGAGGUGUGGGACGCUUUGGCUAGUAGGAUGUUGAGGAGACUGCGAGAUGGACACACGUUAAGGGUUGGUUCGCUUGAUUGGAACAAUAACAUCCUGACAACUGGGGGACUGGACAGUUUGAUCGUAAACAACGAUUUAAGAAUAAGAUCACACAUUAUUGGAACAUAUAAGGGUCACAGUCAAGAGGUUUGUGGACUGACAUGGUCUGCAUCAGGCCAGCAACUAGCAAGUGGAGGGAAUGAUAACUUGGUCUACAUAUGGCACAGCUCAAUGGCCUCUAGAAAUUCUUCCAAUCAAUGGCUUCACCGCCUGGAAGACCACACAGCUGCUGUCAAAGCUCUCUCUUGGUGUCCUUUCAACAGUUAUCUGCUUGCCUCUGGUGGUGGUGCCGGGGAUCAGUGCAUAAAGUUUUGGAACACCAACACUGGAGUACGGUUGAACUCCAUGAAUACAGGGUCACAGGUCUGUUGCUUGCUCUGGAGCAAACAUGAGCGUGAGCUUUUGAGUUCUCAUGGCCUCAAUGACAACCAACUCACCCUUUGGAAGUACCCUUCUAUGGUCAAGAUUACAGAGCUUUAUGGUCAUACGUCAAGAGUUCUCUACAUGGCUCAGAGUCCAGAUGGGUAUACGGUUGCAUCUGGUGCAUCAGAUGAGACAUUAAGAAUAUGGAAUGUGUUUGGGACUCCUGAAUUGGCCAAGUCUGCACUGAAAACAAAGUCAGAGCCUUUUGCUGACUUUGCUCGCAUCAGAUGAAGAGUUUGGUGGAUGAAAUGGGUGGUGAUUAAAAUACGUAUUCCUCAGUUUUGCUUCAUUGGGCCAUGACAAAGAAAUUAGCUUUUGACUUUUCUUGAGAUCAUGUUGUGUAUAUGCACAUCAACCUUCCGCCAUUUUUAAGUUGCUGCGAAGUGUUUGAUGAGCCUGGUGGUGCUUUCUAGCAUUGUUGGCAUCCACGCCUCAUGUCGUUGACUACGUGAAUUAUACAGAAGAUCAAUUUUUUAGGGAACACACGCACACAGAGAAACAUGUAUAUUUGACAAUUGUAAUAUAUAUAUAUAUAUCAUACAUUAUCGAAUUCAAGCUCAAAAUUCGAAAAUAAAUAAAGUUACAAUAUUUGU